UACAUAAAAAUAAGAAAAAUGUUAAUUGAACCAAAAUUAUCUAACUGCUCACCGGACUUCGGAAAGCCUGCAGUUAAACAAAAUCAUCUUUUACAUAUGUUAGGAGCUCCUCACGUGGAUUCAUUUAACUAUAUGCUCGAAAAAGGACUUUCAGAAGUAGUAAAAAAUUUGCUACCUGUACAUUUGACAUUAGCUAGUGGUGAUAAAGUAGAAAUAGCAUUUGAGGAUGUUACUAUUAACUAUCCUACCGUUCCCAGUGGAACCAUUGGUGUUAAAAAUUAUAAAAUAUAUCCAUCAGAAUGUCGACAAAGAGCUGCUACUUAUAAAGGUAAAAUAAAUGCUAAAAUUAGUUGGUUUAUAAAUGGCAGGCAGCAAGAAACGUUAGAAAAAUGUUUGGGAGAAGUACCAAUUAUGUUAAGAUCCAAUAGAUGUCAUUUGAAAAAUUUAAGCCCUGCAGAGUUAAUUCAGUUGAAAGAGCAUGAGCAAGAAUGGGGUGGAUACUUUAUCAUUAAAGGUCAUGAACGUCUGAUUAGAAUGUUAUUAUUAACUAGAAGAAAUUAUCCCAUAGCAAUAAAAAGAUCUGGUUGGAAACAAAGGGGAGAUCAAUUUAGUGAUUUGGGUAUUUUAUUAAGAAGUGUUAAAGAAGAUAAUACAGCUACAAAUAAUUCAUUGCAUUAUGUCACUGACGGAUCAGCAAAAUUAAUGUUUACAUAUAGGAAAGUACUGUAUUAUGUACCAUUAAUUCUUAUGUUAAAAUGCCUUUUGAAUGUAUCAGAUAAAUUUAUCUAUAAUGCAUUAACUUCUGGUUGUGAUAACGACGUUUACUAUCAAAAUUGCAUAUUGAAUAUGAUGAGAACAAUUCACGAAAAAAAUUUGCAUACACACGAACAAUGCAAGAUAUAUAUUGGAAAAAUGUUUAGGAUUAAAUUCUUUGAACUUCCUGCAAAUGCUACAGAUUCUGAAAUUUGUGAUUUCUUAAUAAAACAUUGCAUAGCUAUUCAUCUUGAUAAUGCCAUACAAAAAUUUUACUUACUUUGUUUUAUGACAAAAAAACUCUUUGCACUAGCUAAUAACAAGUGUGCGAUAGAAGGUGUAGAUGCUAUUAUGAUGCAAGAAUGCUUACUUGGUGGCCAUUUGUACUUACAAGUUGUUAAAGAAAAAUUGUAUUCUUGGCUUACGUCAUUAAGAACUAAUAUUGCAAGACGAGCUAAAAAUAUUGGUAGUAAUUUCACAUUGAAUAAUCAAGAAAUGAUAAAUAUUCUAAAAAGUGGCAGCACUCUUGAUUCUCAAAUGGAAAAUUUUUUAUCUACCGGUAAUAUUAGAUCACAAAGUGGUUUAGGACUAAUGCAAAAUACAGGUUUAUCCAUAGUUGCUGAGAACAUUAAUAGAAUGCGUUACAUGAGUCAUUUUAGAGCAAUACAUAGAGGAUCUUUUUUUCAAGAAAUGAGAACAACAGAAGUUCGACAAUUAUUACCCGAUGCUUGGGGUUUCAUUUGUCCUGUGCAUACUCCAGAUGGUGCACCAUGUGGUCUUCUUAAUCAUUUAACCAUGAAUUGUAUUAUUACUAAAUAUCCAGAUCCAAAAUUGAAAAAUGCUGUGCCAACUAUUUUAUUAGAUUUAGGAAUGUUACCCAUAUUAAUUACUGAUGAGUGCAAAAAUUUUUAUACUGUUAUUCUAGAUGGAGAUGUAAUAGGGUUAAUUGAUGAAAAUAUUGUUACUAAAGUUAUAGAUAAAUUGCGUAUUUUAAAGAUAAGUGAAAAGGUACCACCAACAAUGGAAAUAGUUUUGAUACCCAAGAAAAAUGUUCCAUCACAAUAUCCUGGAAUUUAUCUUUUUACAGGACCCACUCGUAUGAUGAGGCCUGUAAAAAAUUUAUCUGUUAAUAAAAUAGAAUUAAUAGGAACAUUUGAACAAAUUUACUUAAACAUUUGUAUAACGGCAGAGGAAGCACAUGAAGGUUUAACAACUCAUCAAGAACUUUCAAAAACUGCUUUUCUUAGUAACUUAGCUUGUCUCAUUCCAAUGCCAGAUUGCAAUCAAAGUCCUAGAAAUAUGUAUCAAUGUCAGAUGGGUAAACAAACAAUGGGUACUCCUUGUUUAACAUGGCAACAGCAAUCCCAAACAAAAUUAUACAGAUUACAAACUCCAAUGACUCCACUUUUUCGACCUGUUCAUUAUGACAAUAUUAAUUUAGAUGAAUUUGCUAUGGGCACAAAUGCAAUUGUUGCCGUUAUUUCUUAUACUGGUUACGAUAUGGAAGAUGCUAUGAUUAUUAAUAAAGCUUCAUAUGAACGAGGUCUGGCUCAUGGAAUGAUAUAUAAAUCAGAAUUUAUAGAAUUGAAAGAUCAAACCGAUUAUUUUAUAAGAGAUUCUAAUAAUUCCAAUCUCUUUGAUAAAUUAGACCCUGAUGGUUUACCAAAUCCUGGUACAAUUAUUAAAGAAGGAGAUCCGUAUUAUUGCUUUUUUAAUGGAGAUAAAAAAUCCUUUCAAGUUGGAAAAUAUAAUGGAAAAGAAGAUGUUUAUGUAGAUAAUGUUAAACUUUGUGGAGGAUUAGAAAAUAGCAUGAAUCGUAAAGCUUGUAUAACUUUUCGAAUUCCUCGUAAUCCAAAUGUUGGUGAUAAAUUUGCUUCUCGAGCAGGACAGAAAGGCAUUUGUUCACAGAAAUGGCCAAUGGAAGAUUUACCAUUUACAGAAACAGGGCUUAUUCCAGAUAUUGUAUUUAACCCUCAUGGUUUCCCCAGUCGAAUGACUAUAGCUAUGAUGAUUGAAGUUAUAGCUGGGAAAUCAGCUGCACUUCAUGGUUUAGUACAUGAUGCAACUCCUUUUAGAUUUUCUGAAAAUGAAACUGCUGUUGAUUAUUUUGGAAACCUUCUGGAACAGGGUGGCUAUAAUUAUUAUGGAACUGAAAGAAUGUAUUCUGGUAUAGAUGGGCGUGAAAUGACAGCAAAUAUAUUCUUUGGCAUAGUGCACUAUCAAAGGCUUCGCCACAUGGUUUCAGAUAAAUGGCAGGUAAGAAGCACUGGACCGAUCGAUGUUUUAACUAGACAGCCCAUAAAAGGUAGACGCAGAGGUGGUGGUGUUCGUUUUGGUGAGAUGGAACGUGAUUCAUUAAUAUCUCAUGGAUGUUCAUUUUUACUUCAAGAUCGACUGUUUCAUUGUUCAGAUAAAACAACCACAUUAGUGUGUAAAACAUGUGGUACACUGAUUGGCCCUGUAAUGGAACUGUUUGUGAACAAGACAAUUCUUGGAGAAAAAAAAAUGAGGUGCCGUUUAUGUAAAGAUAAUGGAAAUCUUGGUGAAAUUGAUAUACCAUAUAUUUUUAAAUAUUUGGUAACUCAACUGACCUCGUGUAAUAUUAAUGUUAAAAUCGCAUUUAAUAAAAAAUAA